CAUCAACCACCUCCGAAUAUCAGUUUCUGGGGAUUACAAGUGUGGUUGGUUCAUCUCUUGAUUUGGGGCUUAAAACAGGCAUCUCAUUGGCCAAUGCGAGAAGAAGAGGUUAGGGGGCUAGGUGGGCCAUUGGCCUGAUCCAGCGAGCUCUUCCAGUUUUCUUAUGUAAGCAUGGUGGCUCUAGCUGGGGCAUCAACAGCACUGUAAGUAACAGGGAAAGGGCCAUUUGAAGACAUUACUGGUGUUCAAGAGACACGUGAGAAACACACAACUCCUCCUGCGGCUGCUGCUUCCAGCUCUCUGCAGGAGAAGGAGAAGCAGACAGCAGAGUAGAAGACAGGAUUGCUGACCUCUUGAAGUCUCUUCCCGCAAUGCAAGAUGGAGCUGUUGCGGACGUUGCCAUGACAAAAAACCAGCUGGAGCAGAACUUUAACCAGCUUUUAUACCCCUUUGAGCCCUUCGUUGUGGACAAAGAUCACAGAAUGGUGAGUAGCGUUGUCUGUUAUAGCUGCAUCUGGUUCCUUCCACUGCCCUUGGCCCUGUAGGGCAGGCAUGUCCAACUUCCAAACGACAGCGAUCUAAAAGGUAAAGGGACCCCUGACCAUUAGGUCCAGUCAUGGCUGACUCUGGGGUUGUGGUGCUCACCUCGCUUUACUGGCCAAGGGAGCCGGCAUACAGCUUCCAGGUCAUGUGGCCAGCAUGACUAAGCCACUUCUGGCGAACCAGAGCAGCGCACGGAAACACUGUUUACCUUCCUGCUGGAGUGGUACCUAUUUAUCUACUUGCACUUUGACGUGCUUUCAAACUGCUAGGUUGGCAGGAGCUGGGACCGAGCAAUGGGAGCUCACCCCGUCGUGGGGAUUCGAACCACCGACCUUCUGAUCGGCAAGUCCUAGGCUCUGUGGUCUAACCCACAGCACCACCCGCGUCCCUUAGACAGCGAUCUACUUCCACUAUAAAUAAACUGGCAGUGUUCUUACCCAUUGGAUUGACCAGAGUUGUUGAACUUUUUUGGGAGGGAGGAUGAGCAAAAAUUGUUGACUGCAGACACCCCUGUUGUAGGGCAAACUCUGGGCCCAUAGAAGACUUAAAUACACUUUGCAUCUCCUCCUCACUCAGAACUGCUUGAAAUGGUUUUGAAUUUCUUCUAACACUAAUCCAACACAUGGAUGUUCUUGUUUUCAGAGGGGGUUUUAAAUAGCAAGUUAGCUCAUGAGAUAAUAAGGCCAAAGUGUGGCUCAGCCAAAUGGAGAUUAUUUUUGUUGAGGGGAAGGACAGUCAGCAGAAUGGGAAAGAAUGAAAGUCCACUUCUCUGCUCUGACCUUCUCCAUUGAUUUCUCAUUCCUGUACAUCUCCCAGGGCUAUUGCCUGUUGGAAAGUGUUUUGCCUGCGCUUCCAGGGGAAGUUUCUUAUGAUGUGAGUACAUUUCAUUAGUACGGCUCAGCUUUUAAACAUGGUUUCCCCUUCUGAAAUUUCUUUGUCUUUUUAAAAAUGAUUUUUAAUGAAGCUUUCUCAUAUAAGCAAGAAAUGCAUAAUAAGAAACCAAAACAGGCAUAAGAAAUCUUGUGAACUUAGUCUCGGGACUCCCUCUUGAUGCUCCCACAAACAAAUCAAAGCAACCAGGCAACAUGAAGACAGGUAAAAUGGAGAAACAGCAACCGGAAAGAUCAAAGGAGGUAAUUUAUAAAUUUUUGAGUUCAAGAUCAAAAGUGUUUAGGUAUAAUACCAGUCUGUAAUGGACGAUGAGGAUCUUGGGGUGUGUGGGGACAACUGCUCAUUGUUGUUACAAAACAGAUUCAACAAAUGGAAGUUGCCAUGUCUGCAUUAGGAUAUGCGAGAACAUUACAAACAGUUGGCCCAAGAGCUGCUCUUCCAGUAAAGAGUGAUUUAAAUUUUCCCCAUCCCUUAUUAAACUUUUGGUCUUCCCGAUUUCUGGUUCUUCUAGGAAUUUUAGCCAUUUCAGCAUAAUCCAUCAAUUUAUAACUUAUCUUAAAGACCACUGUAAACAGCUAAAAUCGUUAGUAGGAUUGGAAUAUCACUUGUAGUUUAAUGGUGAAUUUGGGUGCAAUGGGGAGAUAAAAAAGACCUGGAUUAUUAUAAAAGAUGCAGGAGGAAAUGAUUAACAGUCGGACCCACAAAAGGGAGGAGAGAAGUCCAAUAGAUUCCUUGGAAUCUAGUUUUUAAUGUUGUAUGCUGGAUAUGUGGCUGUAAAAUUUCAAUCUGAAAAACCAAAUAAAUUAAUUUCUAAAAAAUAAAUAAAGAGUGAUUUAUAUUUCCAUUUAAACUGUGUCUCUGCAGGAGCUGAACGACUACAUGGUGAACGUAACGGCUCGUGGGCCACCUAAAUUCCAUGGGGCCUAUGGUAGUUUUUAUGUGAUCCAUCCAUUAAAGAUGGAGGUGUUCAAUACCAAGGAAAUGGAGGUCGCCGUUUGGACUCUGACCGAUGUGAGUUCCAGUCUGGGGAGUCUUCUGGAGGAGAACAUUCUUGGUACAUCAGCACUGUCUCCCUCCACUGAAUGGACCUUCUCUUGUUUUCUCUCUCUCUUUCAUGGCAGGCUUACUGUUUAUCAGCUGAUAUUUUUAUUACACACAACAAGCUGAAGCUCUCGUUAACUCUAGACAGGUAACAAACACCCUGAUGCCCUAUUCAGCGUCACUGCCUCUUGACGUACGUGAUAGAACUUCUUGCUUGCAUGUGCAGGAAGAUAGAAGCAAAAGGUUGCAUGCCGGUAGAUGCUGCUGCUGCUGCUGUUUAAUUUAUAUACCAAUUAAUUACCAGGAUGGCUUCUAUGUGAUUUACAAGUAUAAAAGCAACCAGAAAGCACACAUAACUGAAGUACACACUACAACAAUUCCAUAAAAACAAUAAAGCAAGCUAGUCAAAACAGUACAAUAUACUGCUUAACACCGUCGUUUCUAAGCAGUGUGCCGUAAGAUUACUUCUUCUGAAAUCUCAAAUAAAAUCAGUUAAGAUAAAGACAGAAGCCCCAAUUAAAAUGGGGCGUUUUGCUCACGUGAGUCGAGUGGCAGAAGCCAAAGGUUACGAGUAGUUGGAGAUGAUGGUUUUCAUCCUUAGAUGGGAAUAAUAAUGAAGUAAUAAUUCAAGGUCGUUAGAAAGGUGGAGAGCAAGGGGCACAGCACACAGCUCUCUUCUGCAGCAGAAGACUCUGGUCAGGGAGGAAGAGCCGACUCAGGAGGAAGAGCCGAGGGGCCCCACCGCCUCCCAGGAUAGGCCACCCAAGGCACUCGCCUCACCAUGCCUAGUGGUAGGAGCAGCUUUGCCCCAUGUCCUACUCUCCUAUAUCAGGGGCAAACAGGAUAUAGGUCACAUUUUGCAGGGCACAGGGCAGACUGGUGGGGUCAGAUGGGCACUGGAAGAUAGUUGUUGCUAAGAGUCCAAGCUCAGAUUUUUUUUCUGGGAUCUUCGGAUGAAGGGUGGUAUACAAAUGUAAUUAAUUAAUAGAUAUGGAUUUUUGACCCUUGAUGGGAAGCUUCAGAAUCACGCACAAUGCAGUUGACGGGAAUCUUGUGCUAAGCCACUUCUAACAAGCAUUUCCUUUUUCCUUGCAGUGGAUUUCUGGACAUGGAAGGCGAUAACGUAAGCUCUUCCACCUAUUCUAAUACAUUCUGUCGUAUAGCAAGAUCCAUUUCUUUAGCCCUUUUUCGCUUGACCUCUUCAGAGUCCCUCUUCAGAGAAUCACGGCAACGGCCAUGAUUGUGCUUAAAAGCUUCUAAGCGUCUUGCCCAAGACACUCAGCCAACUCAUGGCCAAGCAGAGAUUUGAACUCAGGACUUCAGAGGCUGACUUGUCUGCUCUUUCCACAUUCUGAAUCCUAUUGUUCUAGGACCAAUCAGACUGCUGCAUUCUGAAUCCUAUUGUUCUAGAACCAAUCAGACUGCUGCAUUUUGGAUCCUAUUCAACUCAGUACAUAACAGGAAUGCUCUCCCUAACUACAGUAUAUUUACUUAUUUGUUAAAUUGUGUGUUUAUUUGUUAAAUUUAUAUCCCUCCACUCCUCCCAAGGAGUCCAGAGCAGCAAACGCAUCUGGGAUAAAAACACGUAUGGCUUUGCAGGAGGGUUUUGCAGGAGGGGAAGGUGACACUCUUCCCAAGGCACCACAACUGAUUAAUGGGAGGGAGGGAGGUGUCAAAAGGAUUGUCUAUCUCUGGAGCAAAGUGCCUUGAGAUGGCUCCUCAUGCUGACUCUGUUGAAGCCACAUGGUUUAUGGUGCAGUUGGACCUGGGUGUGAGAUGCCUUCCUUUCCAUGCUGCUUCCUUGCAUUGCUGAUCGCAUCUCUUCUUCUAGAGGGCCCGGCUCCACGGAGGUGCAUACGACGCUGUGGAAAUGCUGGAGAAAGUGCUGAACCAAGAGAGUCCUUUUCCAAUGUUGGGUAAGAGUUGUGGGGUAACGAGGUGACAUUGACUCAGGUACAGGCGCAGCCUUGAUCACCUUUGAGGUUUCCUUCCAAGCCAUCGCUUCAGCCUUAAACCACAAAGCUUGCUUGUUGGGUAGCACCGAUGGCUGAACUGAUGCCUUCAGCUGAGCCUCAGUUCAGCCAGGCUCUCUGGAGAAGCACCCCUUUGUGGCUGUGUAGAAGCCCUAAGAUACGCGGGUGGUGCUGUGGUCUAAACCACAGAGCCUAGGGCUUGCUGCUCGGAAGGUCAGCGGUUCGACUCCCCGCAACGGGGUGAGCUCCCGUUGCUUGGUCCCUGCUCCUGCCCACCUAGCAGUUCAAAAGCACAUCAAAGUGCAAGUAGAUAAAUAGGUACCACUCCGGUGGGAAGGUAAAUGGCGUUUCCGUGAGCUGCUCUGGCUCGCCAGAAGCAGCUUAGUCAUGCUGGCCACAUGACCCAGAAGAUGUCUGUGGACAAACGCCAGCUCCCUCGGCUUAUAGAGCGAGAUGAGCGCUGCAACCCCAGAGUCGUCUGCGACUGGACCUAGCGGUCAGGGGUACCUUUACUUUUACCUAGAAGCCCUAAUGUCAAGGAGAGAGGAACGUGGUACUACCCGCCACUCCUCAAUCUGGCCUAGUGACAUGAACCAGGAUGCCUUCUGUUGACCCAAAUUGGUGCAUGUUGUGUUUCUUCUCUCCAGAUUACCUGCAGCAGGAGCUCCCCUUGCCACUGGUUCCAGACAUUGGCGAAGUGAUGAAGAUGGAAGAUACGUCCUAUGAUGUGAGCCUUUGGCAUUUAGUCCAUGGUUCAGGAUGCAGGCUUUGACCGGUGCAGCCCUGGAGGGUCUUAAGAGGCAGGAAUAGCCCUGGAGUGCCGCAGGGGACUUUCCACAAAGUCUCAGAGUGCAGCUCCCUGCUGCAGUUCAGCAGAGCAGGCGCUCUAUGUAGGAAGCUCUGAUGGCAAGGCAAACAGGCGGCAAGAGAUGAGUUGUUGCGCACAUGUGCAGGGGGAACCCACAGCUAGGCCAACAGCACAAUUCAAAGUUUUGGUGUUGACCUUUAAAGUCCUAAAUGGCCUCGGCCCAGUAUACCUGAAGGAGCAUCUCCACCCCUAUCGUUCUGCCCAGACACUGAGGUCCAGCUCCGAGGGCCUUCUGGCGGUUCCCUCCCUGUGAGAAGCCAAGUUACAGGGAACCAGGCAGAGGGCCUUCUUGGUAGUAGCGCCUGCCCUGUGGAACGCCCUCCCUUGUCAAGGAGAUAAACAACUACCUGACAUUUAGAAGACAUCUGAAGGCACCCCUGAUCAGGGAAGUUUUUAAUGUGUGACAUUUUAAUGUAUUCUUAAUCUUUGUUGGAAGCAGCCCAGAGUAGCUGGGGAAACUGUAAGCUGACACCACAGCCAUACAGUUCUGUUAGCAAGCCUUUGGGGAAGGGCAUCGGUGGUGGUGACUUUCCUGUUUCACCUCAGAUGGCGACGCAGGGCGGGCAGUCCCUGGGGAAGGUUUAGCUAGCAAGCCUGAUAGAACUGCAACUCCUGGUUGCUGCUGAAACAGGACCUGGCCCCUUCUCCUAUGGAGGUCUCCAGCCUCAGCUGUCCAGGGUGCCUUUGCCUUGCCCCUGCAGAGGCCAUUGCUUCAGGAGAAUACCACCCCUGCACCCCAAAUCUCCCCCUCUCCCUCAUUUCAAUAAUAAUAAUAAUAAUAAUUUAUUAUUUGUACCCCGCUCAUCUGGCUGAGUUUCCCCAGCCACUCUGAGUGGCUUCCAACAAAGUAUUAAAAUACAGUGGUCCGUUAAACAUUAAAAGCUUCCCUAAACAGGGCUGCCUUCAGAUGUCUUCUAAAAGUCAGAUAGCUGCUUAUUUUCUUUGACAUCUGGUGGGAGGGCGUUCCACAGGGUGGGUACCACCACCAAAAAGGCCCUCUACCUGGUUCCCUGUAACCUCGCUUCUUGCAGUGAGGGAACCGCCAGAAGGCCCUCGGAACUGGACCUCAGUGUCUGGGCAGAACGAUGGGGGUGGAGGCGCUCCUUCAGGUAUACUGGACCGAGAUCUUGCUGGAAGUCAUCUCCAUGCAACCCUGCCCCGUGGGACUCUGCUGCCUGAGGCAGCUGCUUCCAUCUGCCUCAUGGGCAGCCCGGCCCUGAGCUUCACUGAGCUGAGUCACUUCAUUUAAAGGAGUCCAGUCUGCUUUAACAGGCAUCGACUCCAGUGGAGUCACAGAGACUGUGGUUCCCCUAGGACAGGGGACUCUUCUCAGCCAGCAAGCCACAAACCCUUGUAUCUAACCUUCUGGGGAGGGGGGUUGCACAUAACCAGGAGAAGGUCUAGGCAUGAUUAAUACGCUUAACUUUAUACGGUCAGCUAGUUUGCAGCCAUGCAGAAGUCCAGACGUUUGGACACGCCUUCCCCCUCUAACCAGGCCAGUGAGAGGUAUGGCCAGGAUUCAAAGCACCCUUUAGCCCAGAGAAAAGGCCUCAGGGAGGGCAUGAAGCAGGGAAGGGAAGGCUGCGGAGGCAGCAGGGAAAAGGAGGGGAUCUUAGCAGGGUCUUGUGGCUCCAGGAGUCAGGGGGCAGAGGGUGGGAGCCCUCUGGGAAGGGCUCAAAAAGCAGAGUCAAAAGGAGGAGAGAAGUCUUUGGCAUUGGGAGAAAACAUCACACUCCGGGAGUCGGAUGGGCACAUUUUGAACUCUUUCUUUUUCUUCACUAUAGGAAUUCCUUUUGGUUUCUAUAAUCACAAAGUAAAGAUGUCGUCUGGAGUCCUGCUUGAAAACCAAGAAGCCAGAAUCGUCUCUCACCACUUCCAUUCCCUUUGGGGCCAUUUCCUUCAGCAGCACCAAGCAGCAGCAGAAAAUGGUGCUGCCUCCAAAUUUGGAAAGCCUAGGAUUUCUAUAGCAAAGGCCUCUCUUAGGAUUUAAAUUGCUUACAAGGUCUGUGUUGUGGCAAGAGGCAAUGGGCAGUGCAAGGUGGGAGCCACACAUGGGGUCCUGAAUGCUCUUCUUGGUGAAGCAGCACCCAUUGAUUUGACUGGAGCUUCCUUGAAAGUGCUUUCAAGUGGUUAGUGUCCAGUGUGAAGAAACUCGUAUUUCCCAUUGUAUCAAUCCCUCUUAAUGGAUGAAAUGAGCAUGGAGGUCUCCAGAUCUCCUUCGAUACUCCAACCACCACUUAGCAGGUGCUUGCCCAGUUUUAUAAGAAUUUAAGGUCUCAGAUAUAUAAAUUAAAUGUUCAUAAAUUUACAACGCAAACACAUACAUAAGUAUGUAAACCACGUGUCUGAAAUAGUACAGGAGAACAAUCCUGAAACCAUUUUGACUCUCCCAAAUUGACCUCAAAUGUUUCUCUGCAAGGAGGAAGGAAAUGGGAAAGCCUCUCCAUUGUCUUUUGCUUACCUGUCUUAAGAACGUAUUUGUGUAUGAAUAGGGUGAGCCUGUGACCUGGAUUCAGGAAUUAAAGUAUUUACCAUCACAAAAGAAUGGCCGGGCUGCCCAGGUAAAGCAACCAGUGACCAUUGUCAGGUAUCCUGGCAGGCAGGAAUUCUGUUGUAGACCGCCUCCUUCUGUGAUGUAUGUAUGAUGUUUUGGGGGUGGUCUUGAACUACAGGGUGGGCAAUUUCAAAAGUCUAUAGUCUGCACACCAUUGUUCUGGGUUCCUCUUCCCUCCUGCAUGUGGUGAGUGAGGACCCUGUUGCAACAGUUUAAUAAAGAUCAGGCUUACUAGCUGCUUUGCUUCACAGUAUUCUCUGAUUGGCCUCUGUUAUUUUCUCCUACCGAUAGGGAACCCACGUAAGGACUCUAUAUGGGCUCUUGGGUACCCCAAUAAGGGAAAAGGAGCAGGUUUUGUUUACAACACCAGCAAAAUAUAUUGUCUACUGCUACUGCUAUUGUCUCACCUCUCUUUCAUCUUCUUCUUCUUCUGUGAUUAUGAAGGGCACAGCAACAAUUAACAAUAAUCUGUCACCCCUAACAUCAGCUUUGCUACUACAUGAAGGUUUACAUCAAGGAAGCCCUCUGCAUUAAUAAACACUUUGCUUCUCCUGCAUUUGUAUGGUUGUAUCUUCCCAUUUUUGUAUCUUUCCCAGUAGUGAUGUAUGGAAGUGAGAGCUGGACCAUAAAGAAGGCUAAUCGCCGAAGAAUUGAUGCUUUUGAAUUCUGG